AUGGAUGUUUGGCAGUUCACGGGGUCUUGGUACAUGGAACUAAAAGAGUGGAGAAUAGGCGAAGAGGUUGUUGGGGCAAGAGUAGGCUAUAAGAAGUUAGUUGAGAGGGUUUUAGGGGUCCUCCACACGCCUGAAACAGAGGACUGGACGCUGCAGGUGAGUGCCACUAGGCCCUGGGACUCCGGAACCUACAAGUGCCAAGUCAACUCACAUCCCAAGAUCUUCAAAGACGUCAAUCUCAGCGUCAUGGACAGACGUCGGCUGGACAAUAGGCUAUACAGACUCCCAGCAGCUGAUCCCGAACACGGGGAAUACGCCACUCGCAUUGUGGGGGAGUCGUCUCGCUACCUCCAGGCGGGGUCGUCGCUCGCACUGGAGUGUGUCGUCACCCACACCCACGACCCUCCACCGGCGCUCCUCUGGUUCCGUCAACAGCGUCUUCUGGACUAUGACUCGCCGAGGGGAGGGAUCGCUAUUAUGCUGGAGAAAACACGAGAAAGGACAACAUCCCGUCUAAUGAUGUCUUCUGUGCAGGUGUCCGAUUCUGGAAAUUACACCUGCGUGCCUAUUCGAGCGCCCCCGGCAUCUGUGUCCGUGCACGUGACCACAGGAGAAAUGCGGGCGGCCAUUCAGCAAAGUGAGUACAGUCACGCCCAGACUGUGAGUCAUGACGCCUCGCGCUUCCUCACUCUCAUCUUCGUGGGAGUUUAUACUUGGCAUCGAUAUGUGAUCCCGCUUUCCUAA